AUGGAGCCCAAGUCAGCGCCCUCCUCCGGCACCUCUACUCCCAGAGCGUUCACGAGCCAAGCCACCUCUGCAGAAGAACUCCUCAAAUCGCAGACUGUUGGUCUUGUCCACCUUGCCGAUUUUCGCAAACGUCGCGCCGAUGUGCUUGAGCAGAAGGAGAAGGAGGCCCGAGAAGGAUCUGGUGGUAUCCUGACGCCGGAUGUCGAGGACAGCGAUGGUGCCGUAACUCGUCGCGCCGAGCGACCCCUUAAGAAAAAGAAGAAAGUCCCGAAAGGCCUGCUAUCGUUCGGAGAAGACGAGGGUGAAGAUGAGAGCGCACUCGCAACCCCGGCUUCCAGAAGUCCAAGAACGUCUGCGGAGCCAUCACCUGAACCGCCAGCCAUCAGUCGAAAGUUGAUACCCAAUCCGAAGUCCGUCCUUCCACCUCCCAGAGUCCUGACAAAAGCAGCCAUCGCCGCAGAUACUGCAGCCAGAGAGAAAUUGAGGAGAGAGUUCUUGGAGAUCCAAGAGGCGGUUAAGCAGACGGAAAUCGCCAUUCCCUUUGUGUUCUACGAUGGUGCCAACAUCCCAGGCGGCACGGUCAAGGUCAAGAAAGGAGAUCACAUAUGGCUUUUCCUCGACAAAUGCCGAAAGCUGGGUGCGGAGCUGGGCGUGUCUGGCAGUGGAUUAAGUCUCAAAAGUAGAGAGGACAGCAGGAAGCAGUGGGCCAGGGUUGGAGUGGAUGAUUUGAUGUGCGUCAGAGGCGAGGUGAUUGUUCCGCAUCACUACGAGUUUUACUACUUCAUUGCAAACAAGAUCCCGGACCCGACCAGAGAAGGCAGACUUCUAUUCGAGUACUCUGGCACGGCUCCCAGGAAAGGGGAUGAAGAAGGCUCCUCCGUACUCCGUGCACCAGCAAAGGAGGAGUUGGAGGGCCAGAACGAUGAUCCAACCUUGACGAAAGUGGUGGACAGGCGCUGGUACGAGAGAAACAAGCAUAUUUAUCCUGCCAGCUUGUGGAAGGAGUUCAAGGCCGGCAAGGAAUUUGAGGAAUUGGCAAAGGGUCGCCGGGAUGCCCAAGGCAAUGCUUUCUUCUUUGGUUAA